GCAGACGGCCCGCGCCCGCAGCGGCGGCGAGCGCCCUGCUCGCCGCCCUGCUCGCCGCCGCGCUGGCCGCGCCGACGGCGCGGGCUGGCGGCGCGCACGGCCUGCUGCUGCUGGCCGCCGCGGGGCCCCAGCGCUGCCCGCGCUGCUGGGGCGGCCCUGGCGCCCGCUCGCGGCGGCCGUGGCCGCUGGCCCCGCGGGCGCCCGCAGGGCCAGGCCUGGCGGCGGCGGCACCCGGCCCGGGGAGGCCGAGGCGCAGAGCCGUGGGGCUGCGGGCGGCGUCGUCCCAGGAUGCGGCUCGGACGAAAGUCGGCGGCGCGCCGGGAGGCCCUGCGGCUGCGAGCGAGCUGCGCUUCCUGCCUCCGCUGGAGACCAUGAGGCCAGCCGAGGGCGCCGUCGCCGAGGGGCACCAGGUGCUCCCCUGCUUCCCGCUGCCCCUGGCGCGGGCAGCUCUGCCAGGCACGGAGAGGACCAUCAACGUGUGCGAGAAGAGGUACAUCAAGGAGGGAAUGGUCGACGACCUGCUGCAGUCCGGGCAGAGGCGCUUCGUGAUACCGAAGACCAGAUUCGCUUGGGAGGGGGGGUCGCCGCCUUCCCGUGGGGUGGAGCUCGCAGAGGCCGCAGUGGUGCUGCACCUCGAUGAGGUGCGAGAACCACCGCCGGGCUCCAAAUUCCGGUACACGUGCACGCACAGCGUGUGCAGCCCCGUGACCAUAACCAAGGUUUGCAACCCAGAAGUGUUCCUGGAAGGCAACACGUACCUCCGCGUGGAGUGCAAGGAGCCGAGUGAUGUAGAUGAAGAUGUAAAUUACGAGGUGGAAGAGCGUGCCCUCAUGGAUAUACUGUACGAGGUGGCGCGGCUGCGCCAGUCCACCGGCGAUCCUCUGCGCCGUCUGGAACUACGUGUUGACGGCAACGGGCGGCCUUACUACGUAGACCACUGUCGCAGUAUACCAUCAAUCACCGAGGACACCCUCGGGCAGACGUGUGCCAGUCGCAGCAAGUUCUGGGAGCUCGCGUCUCUGUGGCAGGGCUACUGCGACCGGCGCGCGGUGUCGCUGCGGCAGCAGCUGGAGAGGGACGUGCUGAAGCGCUCUGGGCCCCAGGCGUACGAGCUCCGCCGGCAGUACCGCGAGGUCAGCUCCGGGCUCGCGCAGGGUGCGGCAGAGGUGGCCCAGAGGCUGCUGCAGGCGGAAGGACACGGCCAGAGGCUCGCGGUGCUGACGGCCGCCGGACAGCAGGAGGCAGAGCGGCUGGCGGCGAUCUCGGCCAUGUACAUG